AUGGGUAUCAUCAUCGACGCGUUCGGCGCGCUGCGCGAGGCCGCCGAGGAGAAGGACCGGACGGCCAUGAACUCGUGCCUCGUCUGCAACACGUCCAAGGACGACAUUGAGUACGCAGGCAUCCGCCUCGGCCUCCGCGACAACUUUGCGCGCCAUACGAACGAAGAGCACAACCUGUGGCACUACUUCUUCUUCAUCAUGUACCUCAAGGGCAAGCCGACGACCGACAUGAACGGCACCGAGUCGUUCGUGUACCAAAAGGUGCAGGCCAAGGAGAUGUCGUGGAUCCCCAAGAACCGCGAUGUUGCCAACGACUCGGACAUUGAGCAGCUCAAGGACCAAGUGCGCGAGCUCACGGAACUCAUCGAGGCCAAGCUCCGGGACCUUUAA